AUGAUCCGGAGCGUCGAGAUCUCAUCGCACAAGAUUAAAAAGAGGGAAAUGAGAUGGACAGGACAAGGUUGCUCCAAGCGAUCAAACUGCGAUAUCUACUACAGCUGGCAUGCAGAGAGGUGUGAAUUUGGAUGCGGAUUUGUAGUAAGCCGGAGACUUCGCCACCACGACUCCAAUUUCACCCCAGUGAGUGAACGGCUGGCUACAAUCCGCGUCAAAGCUAGGUUUUUCAAUCUUAGCAUAAUUUACGCGCACACCACGAUGGAGGAGAAGGAUGCAUUCUACGCGAGACUCGAGUACUCAUACGACCGCUGCCCAGACCACGACGUGAAGCUUAUCCUCGGGGACUUCGACGCAAAGAUCGGUCGCGAACGCAUCUUUGACCCCACCGUCGGUCGAUUUAGCCUCCAUGAGACCACCUCGAACAACGGUCAACGUUGCGAUAGACGGAAGGCAUGCCUCAAGCGUGAAGGACGUGCGUACGUUUCGUGGAAUCAACAUUGA